AUGCUAGUUUUUAGGUUUCUGCUCUUAGCGGUCACCGCUGCUUUUUCGUCGAGUUCUGGUGCAGUCCAAGCCGACAAUCACUUUUCGUCUGCCACGAGGCCCGCCCAGGCCACCCAAGACAUCAACAAGACAAGUGGAUUUCUUCGAGACGGAGCUGUAGAUAGUGCUGACUAUCAGCACGGCGGGACAUCAGACGAAGAGGAGCGCAUGAAUAUAAACUUGAGUCCGGCGACAGAAAAAUGGCUGGCGGGACUGCCUGGCAAAAGUGCUGCGGAGCUGGAAAAGGUAGCUCAGCCGCCGAAGAAUGUCAAUGUAGAAGAUACGCUGGCGCAGCUGAUCGCCAACGUCGAAGCUCAUUUUGUGGCGCCAGCAGAGAACGGAAUGACUCCAAGUGCGAUUUACGCGAAGAACAACAUCAAGGCUCACGAAAAUGCCCAAAAACCAACGAAUGUACGUCGCUGA